GGAAGUCUGGGCCUCUCGCCCUAGGCUACUGCCCCUGCGACCCAACUCCGGAUAAGCGGAUGAAAAUGGAUGGAUGGAUGGAUGGAAAGCGAGCUGUGAUUUAUGGUUUUAGACUGAGUCUGUUGGCCAUGACGGAGCGCUUUGAUAAGAACAGCCACAAAAAUGAUGAAUAUUACAUUUAAAUCCAUCAGUAUGCAGAUCAGACAUCUGGCGGAGCAAAGAAAAGGUUAGCAGGUUGGACUUUCUCAUCCAUUUUUAUGCUUUUAUUCCAGUUUUCAAGCUUCAGCGGUUUCAGUUUGGUUAUUUUGUUGUACUUGUUCAGUUUUCCUCAUUUUCCAUCCUUUUUCUGCACCAAAUCGAAAAUGAGGUGUGAAAAUGGGAGACGCUGGGACCCCUGUGUACUCAUCUCUCUUAUCAGCGAACCCAUUCAUAAUGGGAUUUCUAAUUCCCGGCCUGGUGGGGCCAUUUUGUGUGGGCACCAUAUCUGGUCAUUGCCCAGAGACUCGAAAGAAGAGUUAAAGCUCCAGUUCAGACGAAUACAGGGAUUUGCCCUGUCUGUCCAUGCAAAAACAACCAUUUCGUCAUUUUUGAUGCAUUUACAUGAAUAUUUGUUACAUUUUGGAUGAAAAUAUACAGGUUUUCUUGUUUCCUCAUAAAAGCACUCUUAAUCAAACUUUUACCAGUUUUACUUUGGACCUUUCAUUCCAUUCUGGCCAUUUGCAGAACAUUUUUAAAUUAGUUUAAGCUACGUAACUGAUCAAUAUAUAACUGAAGCACAAAAUGGCUGCAAAACUCAAGGGAUGAGCCAUAACUGUGUUUACAUCUAAGGCAAAAAUAUGUAAUUUUAGCUCCAAACAUUUGAUUCUGAAAAAGCUUUUGGCUGAAAGCUUGUAGAAGAGCUUUGAUGAUGGUUUUUCACUCUGUCUGUGUCACAAUGGGUGUAGCUAACCGCUCUGAGUUUUCCUGUUUGCAGGUGGGCGCGCCCGGAGAGCAGCUGCUGCGAAUUCCCUCAUCAGCUCGCAGGGGAUUUAAGGAGCGGUGUGACAAUUCACCAGUGCUGGAUGAUUACUCACAUUGGGUACUCUCAUCAUCUGCCUGUUACCAGCUCUUCAACCUGCACUCUCACCAGUUACUACCCGGAGCCUCUGGAUCUCCUGCCCACCAGCCACACUGCUUCUCUUGGCCGCCUGCUCUCCUGCGCUCACCUGCCCGCUCUUGGAACCGGUGCUCAGCUCCCAGCCUCCUCCACCAGCUACCACUCAGACCUGACACGCCCUCCUCUCCGCGCUCCACUACCUUCCUGGAAUCCAACGCUGCCAGAACCGUCCCCCUCCGACGUCUCCCCAGCCUCAUCGAACACAAUAAAUUAUAUAUUAUUUUUACUCACCUUGUCUCUUUCGUGAUUCUGCAUGUCGUGGGUCAAAAGACUCGACCACAUCAUGACAGUCUGAGAUGGUGUUUUUUAUGUCUGAAGCUUAUUUUUGUCCAGAUUCGUAGUUUUUAUGAAGCACAUAGUGGACAUUGUCUUCAGAUCUGCUCAUGACAGCAUAAGGUCUAGAGAAAAAGCUUCAGAACAUCUGAGAAGAUCAUUCAGACGGAGCUCUAUCAGCUGCAGGUUGGGUUUUUUAGAGAACUUAUUAAACCCUACACGCUUAAUGGUGAGUUUGUUUUAAGUCUGGCGGGUAAAAAAAAAAAAUAAGAUGCUAAUGACUUUAAGAUCAAAAGAAAAUUCUGCAAGUGUCAACAGCAGGCCAUAAAAAGAUCUGAGAGUUGAAGAGGCUCAUGCAGAGAUUACAAAUAUCUAACAUAAAGGACUCUCUUCCGCUUAUUGAGGGGUGCCAUAUCAGUCAAAGAGUCAUUAUUUAACAGCAGUAUUUUAAGUUAUUGUCCGUUUCUCAAUACUUGUCCGAACUUAUGUACCGUAUUUUUCGAACUAUAAGCCGCUACUUUUUCCCACGCUUUGAACGCGGCUUAUAAUGAGGUGCGGCUUUAAAAGGAUGGACGCUGGAAAGGAGUUCUACGGAAAGCGCCACGGAGGAUUUUUUUCACAGUAAAACGGCGCUGCCUGUUUUCACCACUUCACCCCGGGAUGAUGACAGCAACACGGAGAGCGACACUGACAGUUAAACUACGUUUUCAAGUCAGUCGAUAUCCGUGGCUUUUAGCCCGAUCCAGCUUAUAAUGAGGUGCGCUUUAAAGUCCGGAAAUUACGGUACUCACGUCCUUGACAAACGUCAUCAACGAUGGCCCAAGGACUGUUCCAAUCCUAAGUAAGCAUCAUGGCAAGUUUGCUCAAAGUUCCCAGAUUUGUUCUUGCUCCGCCCAUUGUACGGAGGAUGCAUCAAAGCAUCUUCUGCAGACUUGAGACAGCAAAGUUUCCCAAAAUGAAUUACGUCGCUAACCGGUAAACUCUGAAUGUUAGAGGAGAAAGCUAAUGACUGUAAUGUUUUAUAUUAGAAAUAUAAAGAAAAUAUUGUAAAUUUGUCUGCAAAUGUAAAUGAUCGUGUGUAAACCGUAAAUUUUGCUGCGGGUGUUUGGGUUUUACUCGUCAUGAUUCUUCAAAAUGCUAAUGAACUAACUCACUAUCAAAAUAAUAGCACCGUAGCUCUGUUCUGAUGAAAAGAAACUUUACUAAUUGAAGAGCGGCAAAUGCUAGUAAUUUAUUAGUUUUGAUCAAAAGUAGAUCAAAUAUAAAACAAAUAACAAUUUUUGGUUGUUAUUUUAUUUAAGGGACAAACAUAACUUUUGUUUUCAUGUCAGGUUUUUUUUAACUGUAGCAAGAAGCAGCGCUUGUUGCAAGGACACAAUGGAGUACGGUUCUGUUCCAAAUGCCGUCCUCGUCCUCCCGUACUUGGUAGAACAGGCUUUCUGGUGUCCUUGCCAAGAACAUACUUGUCUAGUACACAAGAAUGUGCUUGUGUCCUUGAGUAUUGAGAAACGGACAUUGUUUAGCCCAUCACAAGGGAAAAAAAUUGGAGUGAAUUUUUCAGUGAUAUUUUCACCAUGUUAUUCAGACAUUUAAAAAUGUUAAAGUUCCCAACUAAAUAUUUAGUUAGCAAGCUAAAUAUUUAAUUUAGAGUUAAAUAUUUAUUUUACAAAUGCAAUAUUUAGGUCAGACCUAAAUAUUUAGUUUUUUUAGUUUUUUUAAAGUAAUAAUUAAUUUACUAACUAAAUAUUUCAUUUGGAGCUAAAUGUUUAGUUUAUAAACUAAAUACUGGUGGUGGUCGGAGGGACCGGUGGCGCCUGUGCUUGGCAGCCUCGCCUCUGUCUGUGCGCCCCAGGGCAGUUGCGGCUACUUCGUAGCUCAUCACCAUCAGUGUGUGGAUGUGUGUGUGUGAAUGGAUGAAUGAUAUACAUUAGUGUAAAGUGCUUUGGAGUCCUUACUCUGAGAGGUGCUAUAUAAGUGUGGGCCAUUUAUCAUUUAAAUAAUUAGCUCUAAAAUUAAUAUUUAUUUAUUUACAUCCCAACUUAAUUUUUACUUUGGAAAAUGAAUAUUUAGGUUUAGCCCUAAAAUAAAUAUUUAGUUGGGAUCUAAAUAUUUGUUUUGUAAACUAAAUGUUU